AUGUCAGACGACGUUGAGAAAAACGUUGAGAAAAACGAUCAUCGCGCCAGCGAGGUUGGCGUCAAGCCAGAACGAUCAGAAGUUGCUAAGAAUGAAGCAGCCAAUAUAUACCAAAAUGCCGAGGACUUCGAGAAGUACGGCUACGUCGCUCGUGGCCUGAAGUCUCGUCACAUCCAGUUCAUCGCCCUCGGUGGUACCAUCGGAACGGGUCUCUUCUUGGGUGUUGGCAGAGCUCUUGCUGGCUCCGGUCCUCUUUCUGUCCUCCUCGGUUAUUCAUUCACUGGUGUCGCGAUCUUUGCUAUGAUGCAGUGCCUCGGCGAAAUGGCUACCUGGUUGCCUCUUCCUGGUGCUAUCCCCCAACUGGCUGAUCGUUACGUCGACGAAGCUCUUGGCUUCGCUGUCGGAUGGAACCAAUGGUAUAAUUCAGCUAUCACACUCUGCGUCGAAAUCUCUGCUGCUGCCCUCGUUAUUGGAUACUGGGACCACAAUGCCGAUCAUGCAUCCAUUUAUAUCGCGGUUAUUAUUGUUCUUAUUAUCGGUCUCAACAUUUGGGCAGUUUCGGUAUACGGUGAAGCUGAGUUUUGGUUCGCCAGUAUCAAAAUCAUCACGAUCGUCGGUUUAAUCAUCCUUGCUUUCAUCCUCGAUGUUGGCGGUGGCCCAGACAGGCAUAGGUACGGCUUCCAGUACUGGAGAAAUCCAGGUGCUAUGAAGGAGUACAUUGGUACUGGCGAUACUGGUCGUUUCCUUGGUCUUUUCAACACCUUGGUCAAUGCAGCUUUCUCAUACGGCGGUGUCGAGAUGGUCGCCGUCGCUGCUGGUGAAGCCGAAAACCCUCGAAAGAACAUCCCCAAGGCUGUUCGUCGUGUCUUCUGGCGUAUCCUCUUCUUCUAUGUUCUCGGAACAUUGGCCAUCGGCGUCCUCGUUCCAUACAAUGACACCAAACUCCUUCAAGCUCAAGCUGACGGUGCCCCCGGUGCUGCUCAGUCCCCAUGGGUUAUCGCCAUUGACCGCGCCGGAAUCAAGGGUCUCCCCCACAUUAUUAAUGCGGUAAUCUUGACAUCCGCCUCGUCGUCUGGUAAUGCCUUCCUCUAUACCGGUUCCCGAUACCUCUUUGCCAUGGCUCAGAUUGGACAAGCCCCACGAUUCCUCCUCAAAUGUAGCAAGCGUGGUGUCCCAAUCUGGUGUGUCGCAAUUACCGCCUCGGUUUCCCUCCUUACUUUCAUGACUGUCUCCAGCGGAUCCGGCAAUGUCUUCAAUUGGUUCUCUAAUAUCGUUACCAUCGCCAACUUGUUCACCUGGGCUACAAUCUGCGUGGCUUCAAUCCGGUUCACCGCCGCCCUCAAGGCCCAAGGCGUUGAUAGAUCUACCCUUCCAUUCCGUGCAUGGGGACAGCCAUAUACCGCAUGGUGUGGCCUCGUUUUCUUUUCGAUCAUCAUCCUUUUCAACGGCUUCGCUGUCUUCACCAAGGGCAACUGGAAAGUCGAGGACUUCAUUAUUGCAUAUAUCGGCAUUCCAAUCUUCUUUGUCCUCUAUGUAUUCUGGAAAGUCCUGAAGCGCACAAAGAUCCAUACGCCUGCUGAAGUCGACUUGUACACCGGGAAGGCAGCUAUUGACGCAGAAUACUGGCCAGAACAGAUCCCCAAGAAUAUGCUUCAAAGGUUCUGGUACUGGUUGGUCUAG